UCUCGAUAGAAUGUAUACCUAAAUUGGAGACGUUCUGGCAAAAGAUCAGGUCAAGAGUACCCGAAACUGACUUGCGACGACGAAGCUUGCAUGGAGAGAGUUAUGAGUGUGGAUGAAGCAAAAGAAGUAUGCAGGGAUCGUGCCAAGUGAAAAGAUACCUCUCUGCCUACCCUUCGAUAUCGUGCCUCUUAGCUGCGGUCGCGGUGACCACUGCGAAUCCGCCACUAGCAUUAUCGUAUGCUCCCAUUACUACCAUUGAGAGAAUUCCAGAUCCAAGCUACAAGUUCAACUAUGCGGUCAAUGACCCCGUUACUGGCGACAAUAAGGGCCAAUGGGAGACGAGGCACGGCGACGUCGUGCACGGAGCCUACUCGCUCGUCGAGCCCGACGGCAACAUCCGAGUCGUGGAGUACACCGCGGACCCUCUGAGAGGGUUCAACGCUGUGGUCAAGAGAACUGGACCCAACAUACACUCCGUCGCACUACCGGCCGUCAAACCCGUCAUCACAGAUGUCAGACCAGUCGUGCACGCCCCGGUGGUCGAAGCGGCACCUAUUGCCCCAAUCGUGGAUAUAGCCCCGAUCGCCCCACUGGUCCAUACACCAAUCGUCGAACCUCUGCUCCACACGGCACCUCUGAUCCACCACUUCCCAACAUUGGACUACUUGCCGCUGUACCCCCUACCCGCUAAACCCUGGCUCUCGAUCUCAGGCACUAAGUAUGAUGGACAUUCAGGCAAUAUCGUCCGCCGAUGGGCCGUCGGACCCAUCGAUAUGCACGGAAAGACUUUGACUGUCAAGACCAAACAUUGA